CAGCGAUCCGAACCUGCUCUGGCAUGACGGCGGCAUGAGCACGGACGGGGAGUCGCCGGAGGAGCCGGGGUGGAAGGCGGUGGCCUCACCCAAGGCGUCAGCCAUGCCUGAGAAGCGCAGGAGCGCUCAGGCCGCGAGCGGCAGCUGGCUACAAGGUUUUGGCCAGCCAAGUGUUUACCAUGCUGCUACUGUCAUCUUCUUUGAAUUCUUUGCGUGGGGCCUGUUAACAACUCCAAUGUUGACUGUUUUACAUGAAACAUUUCCUCAACACACAUUCCUCAUGAAUGGUCUCAUUCAAGGUGUAAAGGGCCUGCUCUCUUUUCUGAGUGCUCCACUCAUAGGCGCGCUCUCUGAUGUCUGGGGCAGGAAGCCUUUUCUCCUUGGCACGGUCUUCUUUACCUGCUUCCCUAUCCCACUAAUGAGGAUUAGCCCAUGGUGGUAUUUUGGCAUGAUUUCUGUAUCUGGAGUCUUCUCAGUCACUUUCUCUGUAAUUUUUGCCUAUGUAGCCGACUUCACUCAAGAGCACGAAAGAAGUACUGCUUAUGGAUGGGUUUCAGCCACCUUUGCAGCUAGUCUGGUUAGCAGCCCAGCCAUUGGGGCAUAUCUCUCUGCAAAUUAUGGAGACAGUCUUGUUGUGCUAGUAGCCACAGUGGUGGCUCUCCUAGACAUCUGCUUCAUUUUGGUGGCAGUUCCAGAAUCUCUGCCAGAGAAAAUUAGACCUGCUUCCUGGGGAGCUCAGAUUUCUUGGAAACAAGCGGACCCUUUUGCGUCAUUAAAGAAAGUUGGAAAAGAUUCUACAGUCUUACUCAUCUGCAUCACAGUGUUUCUCUCAUACCUUCCUGAAGCUGGGCAGUAUUCAAGCUUUUUUCUCUAUCUUAGGCAGGUUAUAGGUUUUGGAUCUGUGAAAAUUGUAGCAUUCAUAGCUAUGGUAGGAAUUCUGUCCAUUGUGGCUCAGACAGUCUUCCUUAGCAGAUUGAUGAGAUCACUAGGGAAUAAGAAUACUGUCCUCCUUGGCUUGGGUUUUCAGAUGCUCCAGCUUGCCUGGUAUGGUUUUGGAUCUCAGGCCUGGAUGAUGUGGGCAGCAGGAACUGUGGCUGCCAUGUCAAGCAUUACAUUCCCAGCAGUCAGUGCCCUCAUCUCUCGGAAUGCAGAGUCAGAUCAACAAGGGGUUGCCCAGGGGAUCGUAACUGGAAUACGAGGGCUGUGCAAUGGCCUAGGGCCAGCACUGUAUGGCUUCAUAUUCUAUAUGUUCCAUGUUGAACUGAGUGAGUUGGGCCCAAAGUUGAAUUCUGAUGAUGAUCCCCUACAGGGAGCUUUCAUUCCAGGCCCGCCAUUUUUAUUUGGAGCAUGUAUAGUUCUUAUGUCUUUUUUGGUUGCCUUAUUCAUCCCUGAAUACCGUAAAACCAGUGGAAUUCAAAAACAUAACAACAGCAUCAGUGGCAGCCUAAGCACGCCCCCUGAACAGGGCAGUGAUGAGGACAUUGAGCCAUUACUGCAAGAUAGCAACAUUUGGGAGCUUUCCUUUGAAGAGCCUGGAAAUCAGUGCACUGAGCUAUAACCCAGGAGUAAUGGAGAUUAUGCAGACACCAUCUCUGAGAGCCAUAGAGGAAGCUGCACCACAUGGAGACUUCAUGGUGCUGGAGGGGCGAUGCUAGCAGCAUCCUUUGGGCCAAGUUUAAUAAGUUACUCUCCCCAUGCCUCUGCCCUCUUCCCUUCACUCUUCUGUCUCUCUCUGUUCUUUUACUCCCAUUCUCUUUUCUUUUCUUUUUUCUUUCCUUUCCUUUUCUUUUUCUUUUCUUUUUCUUCUCUCUCUCUCUCUCUCUCUCUCUCUCUCUCUCUCUCUCUCUCUCUCUUUCUUUUUGCUUUUUAUAUAUUCUAGGAAAGAUUGAAAAUUCUUCAAGGUUGUUUAGAAUCUAGACUUUAAAACUUAUUAAAGUUUUAAGAAAAAUCAUGUCUGUGGUAGGAAAGGUGAUCUUUCCCUUCAGUAACUAGAGUAAGAGUGACAGCAAUUUUUCUAUGCCCUUUUUGGUGGAAGAUUGGGGCAAUGGUGUUAACUGCCUCCUUUCAUUAUCUUUCUGUGAAUCAUUUCCUCUUAGUCUGUAAAUGUUGAUGAGUUGAUAAGAAUCACUUGGUAUUAGGGAUCUACUGACUUUGUCCACAGGUUGGAUGAAAACCUAGUUUUGCUUUCCCUUUAUUUUCACUACUUCUUAAGCUUCUCGAGAAUGGACGUUAUUAAUAUUGAUCAAUGAUUCUUUAUCAGAUAAAGGAAAUCUUUCUUAGAAAAUUCAAAUUAUGUUGAACAAGAAGUUCAGACUCUUGGACUUUGUGUCCUGAUUGAGGUUAGUCUUGGCAACAUACUAAUACCCUAUCUCAAGGCAAAACAACCAACCAUGAAGCUUUCUAGUGGCAACAAAGAAAUCAGAGUAUACUUCAAGAAAAGUUUUUUGUUUACUGUUUUGUUUUAAAAUUUUAAAUAUUGCUAAAAGGGGAGAGAGUAACAGAUAGCAAUGGAGUUUAUUUCUAAGUUCAUACUCAUAUGUUACUGUAUGUUCUUUCCCAUGUCUCCUUGUCCUACUUCCGUUUUCCUUACCAUACUCCUGCCUUAACUGUUAAUGUAAAAUGUGUUUGUUUUUGUCUAACCUGUAUCUUGGUAUGUUCCUCUGAAUCCCCUAGGAAUGCGCGCAUCAAAUUCCUUUCUAGAAUAUGAGGGUUAGUGAAACUCAGUUUCAUGAUAAGUGUCUUGCUAAUUUUUGAGAUGUUUUAUGGUCAAAGAAAAUUACAGAUUUUAUAUUUUGCUGCACAGUAAAUGGACUAUUAACUUGGGUCUAUCUUCAACAAAGUACUCCUUUGAAAGUUUUAUAGGUAUGAAAACAUGUAGAUAUUUGUAAGGAUUUUAAUUUUUUUGAUGGGGGUGCUGUGUAAAUCUUGUAUUUAUAAAUAAUGAAGGUAUUGACAGAAAAAUAUAUACAACUUUUAUAAGGGAUCAUGUAUUGACUGAAUACAUUUAAAGGAAAAUAUAUUUUGAAGCCUGUUCUGCCAUGAACAGAUAUAACAUAUCUUUUUACUAUGCUGUUGGUUUUUAGGUUAAGCUUCCUAAUCCAUAAUAAAUUUUCAAUGGAUACUUA